AUGAAAUCUAAGUCUGGAGGUGGUGAUAUUUUUUAUUUGGUAGUAAGUUUGGUGUUUCAUACAGAAAGCUACUUAAUAACUAUGGGAAAGGAAACCCUUUACUCCCUAACUUGAGUGGUGUUUCAUAAAAAACUCUGAAACACAUCAAUUCGUAUAACAACUUAUUUAGAGAGCAAUUUACCUAAGUGAUCCUUCAAGGUAAGAGUACAUUCCAAUAAGAGCAGUAAGAAAAUAAAGUUUGCUUUUCCUUUGGCUGGGAGGAAUAUAUAAAAUCCCUGAAAAAAUGGCCUAGAGAAAAAUAUAUCACCUGUAAAAAUACCUUCAACUAUUUUUAAGUUCAUUAUCUCAUAGCCAAAUGGUUUAUUGUAUAAGUAAAAAGUACAUCAUCUUCUCCCAGCAUAGUCAUUAACAGCAGUAGCAGAAGUAAAUACCUGCAACCUACCCCCACAUUAUCCAAUCUUUUCUAAUGCUUCAAAUUUCAGCAUCUCAAAUGUAAAAUGCUGCUCAAGUACAUAAUUAAAGCACACACUAUCACAUAUAUCCUUUUUCUUGGGAUUAUUUUAUUGAUAAAAUAAGUUUUAUUGUAUCAAUCUACUUAAAAUGUCAUGGUUUCUAUUAAGAAUGGCAUUAAGCCCUCAUUUGCAUACUUUGAACAUAACUGGAAUAGGAAUAAAGACUGGCAUAAUUAUAGAUACUACACUUCUAUGCAAUAUCAACACUUCUAUGGUCUUCAACAAUACUCUGAUUUUAUUCCAAUUAAUUUCCAAUAUGAGAAGUAAAAUGCUCAAAAUGUAAUGCAAAAGAGUCACCAGACACAAUACUUAAAGUGGAAUAUGUCAUUUUCACUAAUACUUCAGAGCAUGGUUUUUUUAAAUGAUAUAACUAACCUAAUGGAUAGUGUACCUGGGGGUAGCUUAUCCGAGAGGUUAUUGCGGGGAAUAACCUAGAGAGAAGUCAGAGCAUGCAAGUAAGAAAGAGAGUCAAUUGUAUUAACUGAACUCGAGAUGUUGGGAUCGUUUACAAGGGGAAAGGGGCUGCUAUUUAUAGAAGACAUAAAUGCGAUAUGAAUAUACGUGUCAAUAAUCUAACGGCCGAGGGUCACCUCAAUCGGGGUGGCACCGGCAUAUGCAUGUGCACCGCAUUAAAUGCGGUGGUUGGACGUGACGCCGCAUUGAAUGCGGUGGGCGCUUGUCUGUAAAAGGAAUCUUUGCUGAGCGUGCUGUUGCCGAAGGCUCCCUUUCAGCCGAGGGCUUCAUGUAACCGAGGGUUCCCUGUUCCCUAUUCGUUUGCAGGCUGCCCUCGGAGUUUGUGAGCAGGCCCGAAGGGUGGAGGCAUUGAGAAUUGCCAAGGGCCAGGCGGACGAAGGCCUUAAGAAGCUGGGCGAAGAGCUCGCCGAAGCCAAGAAGAUGUUGGCCGAGGCUCAGGACACCCUCCGCCUUGAAAGGGAGGAUGUGGCAAAAAAGGUUGAGGAUGCCAAGUCCGAAGCGAGGGCCAAGGGGAAAUCCGAUGCGGAGAAGGACGCAGCUGAAGCCGCCAAGAAGGCUGCUGAGGACGCUGAGAGCUCGAAGCAGGAGGCCGUCGCUCAAGCUAAAAAGGACGUCGUCGACGACUUUAUUGCUGAGGGCUGGAAGGCCGAGGCCCAUAACGACUGGGUGGCUUCGGUUGUUGAGCAUUUGGUGGACGCAUGGACUGCUCGUCCCGGAGCUGAGUGGUUGGUCCGGAAGGGCAAAGAUUACUAUGAUGGCGGUGAAUUCUUCACCCAGUGUCUUGUCUACCGGAGGUUAGCCCGGCACCUCAACAUCCCCAUUGAGAAGUUCGAGCCGGCGUCGUAUGGUCUUCCUCCUAGGCAGCCCGAUGUUAGGAUUCCCCUCCCCCCGGGAGAAGAGAGGCCGGACCUUGAGGAUUCAGAGCUGAUGAUGGAGGCGGGGGAUGACGAGGAGGAGGCUGGAGAGGAUGCUGCCUCCAAGGCUGCCAAGGGUGAUGCUGCUUCUAAUCCAAAGGAGGAUGCUCAAGGAGUUGAUACUUAGGAAAUUAUUCUUAGUAUAUUUUUGUAGUAGAUUUCUAGCAUUGAGGCUUCGGCCAUUUGUAAACAAAGUACAUUUAACUUCGUAUUCUUAUCAAUUGCCAAUGGUACGCCUUCGGGCUUUAUGCUA